AUCCCCAGAAAGAGACGCAGGACGAGGAGGCAGAACCCGAUGGGCGCGUAGAGCAGCAGCGCGAGGAGCAGGAAGCCGUCACCUGGGAGCCUGGGGGCGAAAGGCGAGGUGAUCAAGUGCCGAAGGCCGAGAGGACGCGGGAGCCGGCCUCUUCUCUUUGGAGCUCUUACCGGUGCGAGUCAAAGAGCCGCUCCGGCCCCGGGGCCGGGGGAGGCUCCAUCGCAGCUGCUUCAAGGAAGCCCUGCCGCUGCCGCUGCCGCCAUCUUCGCGCCGGGCCGCAGGGGCUCCUGGGAAGGCGGAGUCUUGGGGCAUCAGCCCGGGUGCCGGGACUGGAAGUCCGAGGCGCCCCGGAAGGGCUAGCGGUCCCAGCAUGCCCCGCGGCCUCUUGGGCAGCCUAAGAACUGGCGUCCCACCGGGACCACAAUUCCCGGCAUUCGUGGAGCGGGGCGGAGUCCGCCUCCGGGAAUCCUGGGUCCCGGCGUGCACUUCUGGAGGACUUCAGGUACCAGCGUGCCCCGCUUCCCGCUGUCCGCCUGCUAGCGUCCGGGGCACCGCCUUUGAGUAGGGCGGGCGAGGAGGCAACCGAGGCGGAGCUGAUGGCUGCGCUGAGGGCGGGGCGGGGUGCAGGCUGGAGCCUCCGCGGAUUGCGGGCUUUGGGGGGUAUUCUCUGGGGUAAGGGACCCUUGUUGACCCCUGACCUCCGGGCCCUGCUGACGUCAGGCACUCCUGACCUCCAGGCCCGGGUGACUUAUGGGACCCCCGGUCUCCGGGCCCGGUUAUCUGUGGGGGUCCCUGAGUCGCGGGCGUGUCUGACGUCUGGGACCCCGGACCCCCGGGCACGACUGACUGCUGAGACUCCAGAUCCCCGGACCCAGGAGUCCUCGGGGACCCCUGGAACCCGCUUGCGCGUGUGGCUGGCGGUAGCGCUGGGCGCUGGGGGGGCUGUGCUGCUGCUGUUGUGGGGCGGGGGUCGGGGUCCCCCAUCGGUCCUUGCUGCUGUCCCUGCUCCGCCACCCACCUCACCCCGGAGCCAGUACAAUUUCAUCGCAGACGUAGUGGAGAAGACGGCACCUGCCGUGGUCUAUAUCGAGAUCCUGGACCGGCACCCUUUCUCUGGCCGUGAAGUCCCUAUCUCGAACGGCUCAGGAUUUGUGGUAGCUGCUGACGGGCUUAUCGUUACCAAUGCCCAUGUGGUGGCCGAUCGGCGCCGAGUCCGUGUGAGGCUGCCUAGUGGCGACACAUAUGAGGCCAUGGUCACAGCUGUGGAUCCUGUGGCAGACAUUGCCACACUGAGGAUUCAGACCAAGGAGCCUCUCCCCACAUUGCCCCUGGGACGGUCCGCUGAUGUCCGACAAGGGGAGUUUGUUGUUGCCAUGGGAAGUCCGUUUGCACUGCAGAACACGAUCACAUCUGGCAUUGUUAGCUCUGCUCAACGUCCAGCAAGAGACCUGGGACUCCCCCAAACCAAUGUGGAAUACAUUCAAACUGAUGCAGCUAUUGAUUUUGGAAACUCUGGAGGUCCCCUGGUUAACCUGGAUGGGGAGGUGAUUGGAGUGAAUACCAUGAAGGUCACAGCUGGAAUCUCCUUUGCUAUCCCUUCUGAUCGCCUUAGAGAGUUUUUGCAUCGUGGGGAAAAGAAAAACUCCUGGUUUGGAAUCAGUGGGUGCCAGCGCCGCUAUAUUGGAGUGAUGAUGCUGACUCUUACUCCCAGCAUUCUUGCUGAACUACAGCUUCGAGAACCAAGCUUUCCUGAUGUCCAACAUGGUGUGCUCAUCCAUAAAGUCAUCCUGGGUUCCCCUGCACACAGGGCUGGUCUACGACCUGGUGAUGUGAUCUUGGCCAUUGGGGAGCAGCUGGUACAAAAUGCUGAAGAUGUUUAUGAAGCUGUUCGAACCCAAUCCCAGCUGGCAGUGAGGAUCCGGCGGGGGCCAGAAACACUGACGUUAUAUGUGACUCCUGAGGUCACAGAAUGACUGGAUUAGCAAGAGUGUGAGGCUCUUGCUCGGAUUUCCUCUUGGACUUCCUAGCCUGUAUUCUGAGGGCACCUGGGCAGAGGAUUUAAUGAACCAGUGGGGGGCAGGUCCCUCCAAUCACCAGCACCAAUUCCUGGGCUCUGAAGAAUCGCAAGAACACUUUUUAUAUAAAAUAAAAUUAUACCUAGCAACA